UCGUUCGGGCAAACGAUACAUAUCACGGUAACUGCCGUGUAAUUAUUAAGCACAUCAUUAACGAAAGAAAAAAAAAAGAAAGAGACACGGCUAUGACGUAACUAACUUUUCCGGUUGGAAAACAAACGCUAUUAAUGUAAUUAUGUAAAAAAAAAACAAACUACAAUCAAAAUCAUAAUUGAACAAGAGAAAGUUGGUGGUUUGAGUGAGAGGAAGCAAAAAUUAUUGCAAACUUUUCGCAAAAAUAUAAUGUCUCGAAACCAAAAGUAAAACAAUCGACUGACGCUAUCAUGGCAGAUCCUUAAGACUUAACCAAAACCAUCAUUCGAAAUUCUAGACCAUGAUCUAUUACAAUUUCUCUGAUUCAAGUUCUGAAAGAGAUUUGGAACCUGUUCCCCCCAUGAAUGACAGUAACCAUCCCAAUGACCCGACUCUUUCCAACGAAUUACACGAAAUCGAAAUCUUCGAAUUCUACUACACUCCCAUCCUGAUUUUCCUCGGAACAAUCGGAAAUGCCCUGUCCGUCUACGUCUUUUUUAAAACCAAAUUAAAAAAACUGUCCUCGUCCUAUUACCUAUCCGCCUUGGCCAUAAGCGAUUCUGCAUUCCUGUUGUCCCUUCUGGUAGUCUGGUUGUCCUUUGUGCGUGUGGAUAUCUUCAACAAGGACAUCAUCUGUCAGACCAUCGUAUAUCUGACCACAUUUACCAGUUUUCUCAGUAUUUGGCUGGUGGCCGCGUUCACCGUGGAACGUUUCGUCGCCGUCCGCUACCCUCUUCUUCGUCAAUCGGUGUGCACCACGUCCCGAGCAAAAUUGAUGAUCGGAAUCAUGGUAGUUGCAUCGAUGAUGAUUUAUUCUCCUUACCUGGUGUUCGCGAAGCCGGUCCUGGUGCCCGAAACGGGCAGAGUCAUCUGCAUGAUUGAUAACAAGUGGCAAUUCGCAGCAGGCGUGUACAAUUACGUCGACACCGUGUUGACCUUUGUACUGCCGGUGACCACGAUCGUCGUGCUGAACGGUUGCAUCAGCAGGACGAUCUGGCAAUUAGCGCGGGUACGAAGGACCAUGACCACCCACGGGGUCACAGUGCAAUCGGGUGGCGUGGCCGGAAACGGUAGAGCACGCGGACGGCGUCCCGGGACAUUUGUGAGAAACAACAGGCUUACAUCCAGCCAAUCGACCCAGAACAAGGUCACCAAGAUGCUGCUUUUUGUCUCAACGAUUUGCUUGUGCUUCAACUUGCCCAGCUAUGUGCUCAGGAUCCUUACGUAUGUUUUGGAGAACAAAGUCCUGGAGGAGAAUAAUCACUUCAAGGUACUGAUGCAAUUUAGUCUAAUCCUGUCCUACACGAAUUACGGAAUCAAUUUUGCACUCUACUGCAUUAGCGGACAGAACUUUCGCAAAGCUCUACGAUCAGUUCUCUGCACCAGAUGUCACAGAGACGACACUACUGGUAAUGCCGAAAGCAGAACAAAUUCGAGUGGGUUUUCAGCGACUUCUAGGAAACGACGAGCGCCCUUUUCAACGAACAAUACCCAAGAAAUGACUUUACUGAAUGUCCUCUAAUUGUAAGUUAAAUGUGAUAAAAGUGUUAUAAUAAAUAAUAAAUCUCUAUUAGAUGUA